GAAGAGGAAGAGGAAGUCGCAAUAUUGAUCUCUCUUCUUUUAGUCUAUAGAGGCUGGAUAACACCGGCUUAGUUUCAUUCUAAAUUCCAGGGUUAAUUAAUUAAUUAGAAGCUGAAAGAAACUAUGGGUGAUGAAUUAGAUCAUUACAGUAUUCUUGGAUUGUCAUCUGGAGAAGAAGGGGCAAAAUAUUCUGAUAUAGAAAUUAAAAAAGCCUAUAGGAAGAAAGCUUUGGAGUUGCAUCCUGACAAAAGACAAGAUGAUAAACAGGCUCAUGCUGAUAUUCAGCAACUUAAUGCAUCUUAUGCUAUUUUGAAAGAUGAAAAAGCUAGAAAAUUGUUUGAUGAUCUCCUCAGAGUUAAACAAAAGAAGAUUCUCCGUCAGUCACAGUCACAGUCACAGUCACAUCGUGAUAUUGUACGUGAUCCCAAGCGACAGAAAAUGAUGUCGGAUCUUGAAGAAAGAGAACAAGCUGCUUUUGCAAAUGACCAUGUGGCUAAGGCACGUGAAGAAGAAGAGAUAAUUGCUAGGAAACUUAAAGAAGAGAUUGCUAGAAUUCGAGCAAUGCAUACCAAAGCUGUUCCAUCAACAACAUCCAACAUGAAAGGACAGGAAAAGGUGGGAGGGAUGAAGAACAAAGAGAAGAUGCUAAAGGUAUCUUGGAAGAAAUUUGGGGAGGAUUAUACUGCUCAAAGACUAAGGGAGUUGUUUGAGAAAUUUGGUAAAGUUGAAGCUGUGAUUAAGAGCUCCAAAAAAAGAGGUUCUGCACUUGUUGUGAUGGUCUCUAAGGAGUCAGCUUUUGCUGCCACUGGAAGUGUCAGUGGUUCUCUUUCAAAUCCUCUUCUAGUUCAACCUCUUCAUCCAGUUGCAGCUUCUACUUUCCAAGUUCCACAAGAAAAAUUUGAAAGAGAGGAGGCAAACUCCAGUAGUUUUGUUGGUGCUGGAUAUCAAGCAUUUGAAGAUUCAAUUUUGAAGAAACUUGAAAAGGUACUAUCUGUUCAGCAUUACCAAGGUUCGGUGUGUCCUAGUUUUUCAUGAAAUAUUUUAGAAUGAUUUUCUGCAUAUUGUAUAUAAAUUAACAUAACUGCAAGUCUUUGAU